AUGAAUCCAUCAUCAUAUCCGGGCUCUUCAGGUGAUCGUCAUGGACCUCCUCCAUCUCUAAAUUCAUCCUCAAGCUCAGGACUUGGGGUAAAGGGUGGUCCAUCUUCGAUUACACAACAACAGCAUAGCUAUCAUCCACAGCCAUCAUUGGCUCAGCUAAAUCAUCACUUGCAUCCGCUCCAUGGAGGCUCUCAACAGACUCAUCAGCAGUCACAACACUCUAUUAUGCAUCCAGGUGGACCUGUUCUACCUCCACCAUCUCUUCCAGGCUCACUUGGUGGUGGUGGCCCUAACACGUCACGAUCACCGCAUCCACUUUCAGCAGGUUCAAUCUUGCAUCCACCCCGUGGUAAUUUAGGGGGAUCUUCGAAUACGGGUGGUCCAUCCUCAGUACUGAGUAAGCCCACAGGAUCUCAAGGUGCCUCAUCUUCAAGCAUUGGGAUGAUGGGUCACUCGGUACGUAUGCAGGCGCCGGGGAUGAGUCAAAGCAUGGGAAACGUCCAGCAAUCCAUGGCCCCAUCAUCUGAAAGACUGAAGCCAUCAACACAGAGCUACAAUGUACGACCUCCAUCGCCACCUCGUCGUCCCACAGAGACACAACAACAGCCACAACAAGUGCAGAUUCAACAGCAAUAUGGACUGGAUGGACGUAUUAUUCCCAAUGAUCAAGUGGAAGGAGACUACUACCAACAGCAAUCUAUGGCAGGCCCACCCCCACGUCAUCGAGAACUACGUGUGGAAGAUGCUUUAUUGUAUUUGGAUCAAGUCAAACAGCAGUUUGGAGAUCAGCCGGAUAUCUACAACCAGUUUUUGGAUGUUAUGAAAGACUUCAAAGCACAGGCGAUUGAUACACCUGGAGUAAUUCUUCGUGUGUCGACGCUAUUUCGUGGAUAUCCAAAUCUGAUUUUGGGCUUUAACACGUUUCUGCCACCAGGAUAUCGUAUUCGUCCAGAUACGUCGAUUGAGGUGAUUCCGUCUCAGAUGACGGGACGUGGAAGUGUGCAACAGUCUAUGUAUGGAGCACAGCAAACUUCUAACGCGAACAUGGGCCAUCGUCCACCCCCGGUGACGAUCCCUCCACCUCCGUAUUCACCUCCAGAGCUCCAUAAGCCGACGUCAUCGUCGCGUCAGCAGCUGCCCCCCGGUGGUCAGAUCAAAGCUGGUGGAAAGUCAAAGAAGUCGCAGCAGCAGACGAUGACGCUGGGUGGAGGCAACGCUGCGGCACGAGGCUCGACGAACCCUGUCGAGUUUGAUCACGCGAUUCACUAUGUGACGACUAUCAAGCAACGCUUUGCUGAUGAGCCUGAGACAUACAAAGAGUUUCUGGCUAUCUUGCACACGUACCAGAAAGAGCAGCGUUCUAUCCGCCAGGUGCUCGACCAAGUCUCACACCUUUUCCGUGACCAUCCUGAUCUGCUGCGUGAGUUUACGUUCUUCUUGCCCGAUGCAGUUCAGGAACAGGCCAAGGAGCGUCUGAAUCGUGCUGCUGAGAAAGCUCAACAGCGCAAAGACCAAAUGGCACAAAGAGCUCGAAAAUAUGGUUCAUUGUCGCAGGGUUAUCAGCAAUCUGAUCGAAGGGACGACCGUGGCUCGGUUUCGCCGUCCAGUGCUGCAAUGAAGAGUGGACGUGUGAUUGGCGGGGAUGAAGAUGCUUACAACAAGUUUGGUAAGAAAGGAAAUGGGAGAGGUUACAAAGAUGAUGAUCACCACUUGAGUGGUAAGGCUUUGGAACGGCGUGAGAAGGAACGUGAGCGUGAACGCAACCGUGCGCAGUUCAAUCACAAGCGUGCCAAGCGCCGCCCAUACGAUGGUACAGAACGUCGUGCGUAUUUGGCGAUUUCGGAUGUACUGCUCGACAAAGAAGAGUGGAGUAUAUUUGAGAAGAUUAAAAGAAUUCUCCCAUCGCGGGACAACUGGCGCGAAUUUCUCAAGUGCCUGGAGCUAUAUAGCCAGGAAGUACUAGACCGCAACGAGAUGCUAUCACUUAUUAGGAAUCUCUUUGGCCGGCACACGGAUUUGGUGAAAGAGUUUGACCAACUUUUGUGCUCUCAUGGUGUGCAGAAGACCCCCAAGGAAAUUUGGCCAUUCAUUCCGCUCGCUGAGACGGAUUUGUCGCAGUGUCGCCGCGCCACUCCCUCAUACCGUGGUUUGCCCGCGAGCUAUCCCAUUCCACCAUGUUCCCAUCGCUCAGCUCUUGAAAAGCAAGUGUGCAAUGAUUCUUGGGUGUCAGUUCCCACUGGCAGUGAAGAUUUCUCUUUUAAGAGCAUGCGAAAAAAUCAGUACGAGGAAGCACUUUUUAAAUGCGAAGAUGAACGCUUUGAGAUUGAUAUGGUGAUUGAGACAAAUGCAUCUACGAUCAGUAUUCUUGAGCCGCUGGCACACGAGAUUGAGGUGCUUAAAAAGAGCAAGGAGUCAAGUGGUGAGGACGAUCAGCUAUGGAAUUAUGUUGUGGAUAAGGGUACGUUUCGUGUAACGCACUUGAACGCAAUUACGCGAAUCUACGGUGAUUCAGGAACCCAAAUCUUGGAAUUGUUGCGUCAGUACCCUGCUGGCGCUAUUCCGGUAAUUUUAAAGCGGCUGAAACAGAAGGAUGAGGAGUGGCGCCGUGCCCGUGAAGAUUUGAACCGCCAGUGGAAGGAAGUUAACGAGAAGAACUACCACAAGUCGCUUGAUCACUCUAGUUUUUACUUUAAGCAGAAAGAUAAGAAGCAGACUAGCAUGAAGACGAUGAUGCAGGAGGCCAAGAAAAAGCUGGAGGCGGAUGAGAAGCGCGCUGAAGAAUUGAAGACGGACUUGAGUGCGUCACCAUCUACUGUGUCAGCGACUACUGCUAUUGUGAGCGCCAAGGCUCCUCCUCAGGCUUCAGAUAUUGCCAAUGCGCUUAAAAAGGAACAAUCUGCACCUUCACUAAAAAUUCCGACCGCGAAGACGAUGGCAGUUUUUUCGCAGUCUCCUCUGACAAAGUGGAAACCUCAUUUUGCUUACAAGUUUGCAUCUGUGCAAAUUCACAAGGAGGCAUUCGGUUUAUUGUCGUACGCUGCCGAGAAGAACUUGAGCGUAGCUGACAAGGAGAAGUUAUCCAAGGUUUGGCAGAACUUUUUUUUUCCAUUUUUCAAUUUGGAGGAGGAGUGGCUUGUGCGCAAGCCACAACACGCUACAGUGACGCACGAAAAAGCGAAGACGUUGCCUAUUGGUACCGAGGUGAGCACAGAGUUUGGAGAGGGAACUGUGCAGCAGUUUAACAGAGAAAAGACCUAUUUCACGAUUAAUCUGGCUGCAGUCGGGUGCCAAGCGUACUUGCAACCCAGCGCUCUCACUAUUCAGGAGGCAACAGAUUUCCCGUCUAGUCUUCCCGCACUAGAUAACAAGCAGGAUGUGGUUAAGAUACAAGCUGAUUACAAAUCGCUUUUCUAUGGUAAUCAGCACGCAUAUGCGUUCUUGCGUCUGUACCAGAUACUACAUAACCGGCUUGAGCGCGCGUAUGACCUGUGCGAGAAGGCGAAACGCAAUCGCAAUCGUCGCAUUAUCAAUCCUGCAGCUCGCGCACUGGUUCACGCUCAUCACUCGUUAUCUGCGUCAACAAAGGAGAAGGCCGGUGAUUAUCAGGCGUUUGUAUCCAAGUUGUACUCGCUGAUUGAUGGCUCGGUUGACAAUUCGAAGUAUGAGGAUUCAUGCCGAAGUCUGAUGGGAUCUACGUCGUACUUUUUGUUCACGAUGGACAAGCUCGUGGCCCAGGUGCUCAAGCAGAUGCAGCACUUGGCAAAUGAUGACAUCUGUCAAGAGCUUACUAAGGCGUUUGCCGAGAUGCAAGGUGGACCAAAGCCCUCAACAGACCCGAUUGAAGCUGAAGCCAAGUUUGCUGCAUAUCUUAAUAAGACGAAGUCCAUUUUUGAGGGUGAAGGUGCGUUCCGAAUUGAGUUCAACCCUGGCAUACUGCGUAAGACACCCCUGGAGGUACGUGGCGGCACCACUCCAUCCGGUGCAUCCGAGCCUUCUAAAAUUUGGGCACCUUCGCCACGCAUGAAGGCCCCAGAGUCUAGCAAGUGGCUUAUUGAGCCUGAGUUGGCUAUCGAGUAUUUGGGUUCUAUUGAUGACGAUGGAGACGAUGAUGAUGAUGACGACGAUUCUCCAAGUGCUACGCCUGUUGACACACCAUCGGCAACACCCGUGUAUGGUUCUCCCAUGCAUGAUACUCCUGUACACGAUUUACAGGACGAUGUUGAUCCGAUGGAAGAAUCCAAGGAAGAUGACGACAUGAAGAAGGGAGCGCUGACGCCAACAUCAUCUGGAAGUAUAGAGCAGAGUGAUUGUGCUUCAUCAGAUGAAGCCUCGAAUGCGACGAAAGCUUUGGAGUCUGCAACAUUGCUGAAGAAGCGAACGCGCGACUCGUCUGAGAAAGACAGUGCUAUGUUAAUAGCGUCAUUGUCUUCGUCCCCUGUUGUAACGGAGGGAUUAGCUAAGAAAGCAAAGACACCGUUAGGUGCAGCAGGUUACAUGGUUUCUGCCGAUAUGGUCAAGACUUCAUCUUCACAUGAUUAUGAUGUCGUGAUGGGAGGUGCUGAAGCAAUCUCUUCUUUUGGUGCAAAACUCAGGACUACAGAAGUGACUCAAGGAGUAAAAGAAGAGGAAGCAGAGGAGCAUAGUCAAGACUGUGAGCUGGAAGAGGAGUCUGAGAAGCUGUCUACUGACAAAUUUCUGGAACGCCGUCUGUUGUCACAUGACAGCGUAAAGUCAGACCGGGCGAGUGGUCGUGCUGCUAUUUCCACGCCUACUUUUACUGGCGAUCCAAAAGCUCGUGCGUCAGGUUGUUCAUCCGGAGCAGUGAAAAGUGCUGACAAAAAGAAGGAGUAA